AUGGUCGAUGGAGAUUUCAAGAAAUUUGAAGGCAAAUGGUCAGUGAAGUCUCAAAAAGGGUCCUCCUCAACAACUUUGGGAUAUGAAGUGAAUGUUAUACCAACUUUCAACUUCCCGGCAAUAUUUCUGGAGAGGAUUAUAAGCUCAGAUCUUCCCGUAAAUCUCCAGGCCUUAGCAUUCAGAUCCGAGUCCGAUUUCAAAGGGAACCUGAAUACAGUCUCUCAAGGUUCUUUGAAUCAGCACUCUCUCAAAGUAGAAGGCUCCACUUCUCAAGGUAUCAAGGAUACGUUUGUCCCGUUGCCCCCUUCCACUGGUGACUUAAACAGUCACUGGGGAAUAUUAGGGAAAUCUUGUCCGCUCGACAGACCAUGCAUGGUGGAUGAAGUUCACCUUCGUAGAUUUGAUGGCUUAUUGGAAAAUGGAGGUGUUCAUCGAUGUGUUGUUGCCUGCAUAACAGUAAAAGCUCCUGUUCGUGAAGUGUGGAGCAUUUUAACUGCGUAUGAGAGUCUUCCCGAGAUAGUUCCUAAUUUAGCUAUCAGCAAGGUUUUAUCUCGGGAAAACAAUAAAGUUCGCAUUCUUCAGGAAGGUUGCAAAGGUUUGCUGUAUAUGGUUCUCCAUGCCCGUGUUGUGCUUGAUUUGUGCGAGCUUCGUGCACGAGAAAUCAGUUUUGAGCAAGUUGAAGGAGACUUCGAUGCAUUUCGCGGGAAAUGGAUUCUAGAGAAAUUGGGCACUCACCAUACGCUGUUGAAGUAUUCGGUAGAGUCAAAGAUGCUCAAAAACUCUUUUCUUUCAGAAGCUAUUAUGGAAGAGGUCAUUUACGAAGAUCUUCCUUCAAAUUUGUGUGCUAUUCGUGAUUACAUAGAAAAAAAAGAGAUGGAAAAUCACGAGGACACGGCCAACAACAGUCAUGCAGAGAGAAUGAUGGCUGUACCGAGCAACAGAAGCUCCUAUAAUUACAGUAUGGAAGCUGAGAAUUCUAACUGCAUCACUAGUUUAUCAAGGCAAAAACCAAAAGUUCCAGGCUUGCAGAGAGAUAUUGAAGUUCUUAAAUCGGAGCUCCUGAAUUUCAUUUCUGAAUACGGACAGGAAGGAUUUAUGCCCAUGAGAAAGCAACUAAGGAAGCAUGGAAGGGUGGACAUUGAGAAGGCCAUCACGCGCAUGGGUGGCUUUAGGAAAAUUGCAUCAAUGAUGAAUUUGUCCCUUGCCUACAAAUGCCGAAAACCAAAAGGUUACUGGGAUAAUCUUGAAAAUCUGCAAGAAGAGAUUAAUCGAUUCCAAAGGAAUUGGGGUAUGGAUCCAUCAUUUAUGCCCAGCAGAAAAUCCUUUGAACGUGCAGGUCGUUAUGACAUUGCACGUGCUUUGGAGAAAUGGGGAGGGCUGCACGAAGUCUCACGUCUUCUGUCUCUCAAACUGAGGCAUCCUAACAGACAAGCUGUGGCUGCCCUACCCAAGGAAAACAAUAAACCUGAGUACUUCAUCUCUAACAAUCUCAAUUUUAACGACAAAAUAUCCUCACAACCACACACUUCACAAGAUACACACACCUGGCUCAUGAAGCUCAAAGAGUUCGACUUAAACUGGGUAGAAUAA